AUGCCAAUUCUGCGCUUAAGUUUAUUAGUGGUCGCUGUUGCUUUCUUGUCACUGACCCAAUGUGAAUAUCGUAUGCUGUUAAGUCCUGUAUACAACAAUAUAAAACACCAUACCGGUUAUACUUUGCAAAUAAGCAUCGGCUCUCCGUCAAAAAAUUUCAACGUCCUGCUUGAUACUGUCACGUCUCUAUUUUGGGUGGCUGGUACGCAUUGCCAAUCCGAAUUUUGCAAUGGAAAAGUACAAUAUCCGACACCAGCAUCUAAUGCGAUCUCUGCGAGUCGGAGAUAUUGCUUUUAUAGUAAAUAUAGGAGGGUUAUGACAUAUGAAUGGCAUGACGACAUCGUCCUUGAGCAGUAUGAUGGCUUAACGAUGAAAUUCGUAAAUGCAUCAUUUGGAACACCUUUCUUCUUGGAGUGGCCUGAAUGGAGAGAAUACAACAAGAUUGAUGGAGUAAUGGGCUUGGCAUCUUUGAAUAUAGAAGAUACUCUGAAAGAUAGUCCGGUUAUGCAAGUACUUCGGGACAUUGUUCCAAUUUUCACUAUCGCAUUGGCACCACUGAAUACCGAAAUAGGACCGUCCAUUACAAUCAGUGCAGUGGAUACUGUUUCAUGUGACAUAAGAAAACUGUCGUCAGAAAAGCUUAUUUCUUUGGGAGCUCGUUAUGAUUUCAAAUAUCUGUCUAUUUCCAUGGGCAACGUAUCAUUUUCUUCCCCAUCACGGAAAGCUUUCGCUUAUCCACACAUCAUAAAGUCAUACAUUGGUGUUCCUGAUGACUUCAUGCAAGCAAUUGUACAAAAGUAUAAUGCAAAGAUCGACCCGUCAACAGGCAUAUAUUGGGUGGACUGCAAUGCAUCCUUUGAUUCAUUCACUCUGACUACAGUCAACAAUACAUACGUUCUUGAAGCAAAAUAUUUCAUCAUUAAGCAUGAUGCAUCGAAUGAGAAAUGCGAGUUGGCUUUCAGAAACCGCAAGGGUUCAGUAGGACCUGUAUCACUUGGAAUUCCGUUCCUUCAUAAAUACUGUGCGGUUUUCAAACCCGCAGUGAAGACUAUUGACUUCUAUCCUCUGAAGAAUAAUUUCAUCUAUGAAAUAAAUAAUUAA